CCACUUUGCAGCCUCCCUGUUGUGAAGUCAUGGCAGCAACAAAGCAGAAGAGCCUUAUAUAAAGCCCAGUGUGCAGCAUUCGCUCGACAGGGCGUGUUGGAGGAGCUCCUCGACUUCUGGACAAAAGGAUGGCUGUACGAACGCUGACUCUGUGGCUCCUCUUGGUGGGGACGGUGCUGUCGCUGGGCAGCGGGCAGCACUGGUCAUUCGGGCUGAGCCCAGGCGGGAAGAGGGAACUGGACGGCUACCCAAACACGCUGGACAGCAUUUUUGAAGGUUUUGCUCACAUGGCUGCGCCUCGCAACGUUCUGGGCUGUGCUGAGGAGUCACUGCCUGCCAAAAUCUACAGAAUGAAAGGACUUCUCGGGAGCAUGUCUGAGAGGGAACACAGACACCAACCAUUCGAAAAAUGAUGUCUGAUGUGUUUUUAUGUGUUUAAUUCAAACGUCAUUAGUUGAGUCAUAGCAUGGCAUCAGGUUCACAACUUAUGAAUAAAAGUUGCUCAAUCUUUU